AUGAACUCAAUGGAUUUACUGCAAUUAUACCGGAAUAUCAUUUCUCAGAUCGAUAACGACUCCGAACGAAUCAAAUAUUUGACAAUGACCGCUAUCCAAGGAACACAACAAGCUCAACAGUUUGUCGAUGUAACAAACGACGCGUUCUACCAGUUCUCAUUCAACCCUGAACAACAAGUCUACGUCCUCUUUGUCAUCGACUCGAUAGUCAAAAACGAUGUUUCGAGGACUUAUGUCCAAAUGUUCUGUCCGAAGUUAGUGGACAUGUUUGUCGGAGCGUAUCGAGCGUGUCAUGAAAAACUUCGGAAGUAUCUAAUUGAUUUGUUGAACACUUGGACCGGAUCGUUUCCACAGGAAAUAGUGAAUGGGAUUAGAAACCAAAUUGCGCCACAACCACAACAGCAAAUGUACUCUCCAUUUGGUCAACUGCCUUUUCAAGAAAACAGAACACCCCUUGCACAAACGCAAGCGCAACAAAUACCACAACUUCCACAAAACACGAAUCCAAUGCCUUCAAUGACUCAGCCACAACAAAUGACUCAAAUGAAUCCGAUCAAUCCAAUGGAGUCAAUGAAUCAAUUAAAUCAGAUGGGCACCCUCAAUCAAAUGGAUAAUAUCGCAGUGGUCUAUGCCCAACCAAAAAUGACCCCAAUUCCCCCAGUCGAACCUGAAAAGAGAGUACCACAAAUGGAUCCUUCAAUUGCUCCACAACAAAAAUUGAAUGUCUUCGACCCAAUGGACAUACCAAAUUCACCUUAUGAAACUAAUCGAUUUGGAUCAAUUCAACUCAAUUAUAACGACAAUAUUAAUCCAUAUGAGGCGCAAAUUGACUCAAUGAAGGAAGAGGUGAAGACGAUGAACUACGGACAAAACUCGAUUAACACUACACAACAGAACACAAUCACUACACAGAGGAACCCAAACACUCCACAAGUCGCUCCACAAGCCCAAAUUAACACUUUCAAAAAUCCACCACUGUCACAAGUCGACGUACGUGUGAUCGAAAAUCCAGUUCCCGCACAAACACAAGACAAACAGAAGACGGAGAAGCUCCAAAACUUUGGGUACAACGAAAAGGGGGAUGGGCAAAAGGCAAUAACACGCGAGAAAAAUGACGCGUUUAAAUGUCCUGUGUGUGGAUUGUAUUUCAAAGAACUGAAAAGACACACCGAGUGGCACACGCGCAACGAGAAGUUGGUCAAUGGGGUGAGUCGAAAUUGGUACAAAACGCCGAGUUUGUGGGUUGGCGAGGAGGUUGACUCGACGGGAACAAUUGAGGUCUUUGGCGGAGAGAAAGUCGAAGAAGCGGUGGCACCGAUUCCGGCGAAUCAGAAAGAAGAGGACAAAGUUGUUUUAACAGUGGCUUACGAUGAAAAUAAGAUGACGUGCUCGAUAUGCAAAGAAAAGUUUGACAUCAGUGAGGAUGGCAAUUUCUUCAAAAAUGCAGUGAGUGUCGAUGGACAAUACGUCCACCAAUACUGCCAACAACACGCGUAA